ACCAGAUGCAACCCUGAUCUCAGCAGCAAGCACAGAAGUCAGUUUUGAGCCUGAAGCCUUGGAGAUUCAAGAGGUUUUGAGAAGAAAAUGAUAACACCCAGAAAUUCAGUGAAUGAAACUUUUCCAGCAGGCCCUCUUGCCAUGCAACCUGUCCAAAAAGUAAACCUCAAGAGAAUGUCUUCAGUGGUGGGCCCCACGCAAAGCUUCUUCAUGAGGGAAUCAAAGGCUCUGGGGGCUGUCCAGAUCAUGAAUGGUCUCUUCCACAUUGCCCUGGGGGGGCUGCUGAUGAUUCCCACGGGGGUCUAUGUACCCAUCUGUGUGAGUGUGUGGUACCCACUCUGGGGAGGCAUUAUGUUCAUUAUUUCUGGAUCACUCCUCGCAGCAGCAGAAAAAACCUUCAGGAAGAGUCUGGUCAAAAUGAAAGUGCUAAUGAACUCAUUGAGCCUCUUUGCUGCCAUUUCUGGAAUAAUUCUCUUGAUCAUGGACAUACUUAACAUUACAAUUUCUCACUUUUUAAAACUAGAAGGUCUGAAUCUUAUAAAAACUCCUGUGCCAUAUAUCAACAUAUAUAACUGUGGACUAGCUAAUCCCUCUGGAGAUACUGAUCCAUCUACACAAUACUGUUAUAACAUACAAUCUGUGUUCUUGGGCAUUUUCUCAGUGAUGCUGAUCUUUGCCUUCUUCCAGAACCUUGUGACAGCUGGCAUUGUGGAGAAUGAAUGGAAAAAAAUGUGUUCCAGACCCAAAGAUAAUGUGGUUCUUCUGUCAGCAGAAGACAAGAAGGAACAGACUAUUAAAAUCAAAGAAGAAAUAAUUGAGCUAACUGAAGUAUCUUCCCAACCAAAGAAUGAAGAAGAUAUUGAAAUCAUUCCAGUGCAAGAAGAAGAGGAAAGAGAACUAAACUUUCCAGAACAUGAAGAAAAUAUUGAAAUUAUUCCAAUACAAGAAGAAGAAGAAGAAGAAGAAAGAGAAAUGAACUUUCCAGAGCCUCCUCAAGAUCAGGAAUCCUCAACCAUAGAAACUGAGAGCUCUCCUUAGACUCUUCUGCUUUAUGUUUCCUUUUUAAGCAUUGAUGUUCAGAGCUUCCAGGACACAUAGUUAUCCCAUCUCCUGCAGUCCCCUGUGCUCAUUCUCCAUAUUCCCAGCUGUUCACUACAUGCAGUGGUGAAA